AUGUUGGUGUCAACUGAAAAUUGCUCAGCUUGCGAUUCAACUGGUAAUUCCAAAGUGGAUGACGCUGUUGAUGUAAUGAAUCGAAGUCGAAAUAACACAUCACUCUUAGGGUCAAAGAGUCUUUUAAAAUCUAAAAUUUACGAGCCAUUGGAUUUGCAGUCGAAUUCCUCCACGUCCUCAACGCCCGCCAAAUUUAGGGGUUUCAAAUACAAGGGCCGGCCCCCAAUAACCGAGGUUCCUGAGCUUAUGGAAUUGUGCGAAGAGUUUCUUCUCACCACAAAUGUAACCGGUCUCUCCAUGAUCGCUCGUCAGCGUGGUCUUCCGCCAUCGCUACGGCACAAAAUCUGGCCGCUCUUGUUGAAAUACCAUCCAUAUGUUUUAAAUCCGUACGUGCAGCCUGAUGACGACGUUGAUGAUGUUGACGAUGAUGGAGAGCUGAGAAUUCCAGAAGCCCAAAUCAAAGCGGACCUUAAUAGAUACCUCAGAAACACCGAGCGUUACAAGCCAAAGGUUUUAACUCCGGAGCUCAAGGACUUGUUCGAGAUUCAAGACAAAAUAUUUGAAACUUUGGAAUGUGCGAUUAUCAAGUUCCUGAAGAAAUGGGGUUCUAUUGUUCAUUACAAUUCUGGUCUUGCCUGGAUUGCCCUAGGCCUCGCUGAAUGGGUCCCACCAUUGCUGGAUUCGCAGAUCGUACUUUGUGGGAAAGACGAUAUAGCCAAAAAUGGGACUAAGCUGCGAAACAUAAACGAUACGUAUUUUGAGAAAAUGGAUCAUGAAGGCACAGGCACUGUGAGCCACUCGUCAACAUUAAGCUCUACUCCUGUGGUAUCAUCAUCACCAAAAUCUGUUUCAAGUUUAGAAAGUUUGAAUCCUCACGUUGCGUCCAGCAACCACUCAUUCAAGCCAAUGACAUUUGCAGAAAUUUACGAAAGAAUGGUGCUAGUAAUAUUGCACACUCCUGAUCCGACAAAAAAACAAUCAAAACCGAACUAUCAGUAUUCGGAUGAGUCCUCAGACGAUUUACCAAAAUUUGGGGGCUCGAUUGAAGAUAGAAUCUCGUUUUUCUUAUACUGUUUAAGACGAUUGCUACCGGAAUUGCAUAAAUUCAUGUCAGAGGAGGGUUUGUUGAAAGGAGACUGGAUUUUAUGGUGGUUGAAAUACUGCGCUUCUAAAGUUUGGUCCAGAUAUGAUAGAGGAAGAGUGUGGGAUCUUCUUCUUGGAUUCAGAAAUACAUUCGAUGAGGAAGAAAUGAAGCAAUUGGGGCAGCUGACAGAAGAACAGAAACGUUUACUUGGUCCUGAUCUGUUUUGGAACCCAUUAUUUGAACCAGAUGUCCACUACAAGAAAGGCAGGUCCAGUAGCAUCAAGACUCUCAUCAACCAAGUCUCUUUAUCCUUUGAUCAGACGCCAACGUUGUCCUCUCUGUCUUUAAAAGACGAUGAUGAUAUUGAGGAUAUGCCAUUGAACGAGACAGGCUUACCACUCUCGCAAAUUGAUGCUCAUGUCCAGCUUAUUUUCAUCUCGUUGGCAUUCUUAAAAGCAAAGGAGUUUACAAUAAUGGAACUUGACCAGUCAGAGAUUAAGCAACUUCUCAAUAAUUUGUCUUCUUUGAAAAUGUCGGAAAUUCGCUCGCUGGUUGGCGGAGACGGUCAGAUUGCAACUAGUUCUCAUCCUCCAGACAACUGUUCAUGUGCUUCUUGCAAUGGAAGCGUGAACAGCAGCACCUCAGUGCUGUCUUCCCACAAUUAUCAAAUGAAAAAAUCCAACAGAGAUAUUGAAAAUAUCAUUCUUGAGGCAGGUGAAUUAUGGAGAAAAUUCAUCUAUCUGGAGAUGAUCGAAGAAAGUUAA